AUAUGAUCUCUGUGCUCUCUGCAACCCCCUCAAAAACUCUUUCUCAGGAAAAUUCAGAGUUCCCUUUGCUUCAAUCUCCCAUUACUUAGUUCUUACAAAGAAAAAGCAGCUGAUCAGAGCCUUUAAGGAUCAUUGCUUCUAAGAAAUGUGUCCUCUAAGGUUCAUAUUGGUGUUUUUCUCUGCCAUCCUGGCUGGGUAUGUUGUGUGGAGGACCGUUUGUUCUUCUUCGGCAAUGGCCGCAGAAAACAUAUCCUCAAAAGAUCAACAGGAUUCCAGUUUCAAGAAGACUAUUCAAGAUGGACUAUGGGUGUUUGUUGACAUGGCCAGCGGGAGGUACCUAUGGAGGAAUUUGAGAGAAAUGAAGAAGCAUGAGAACCUAAAGAACCAUUAGAAUUUAAUGGCUGAACAGAACACACUUUCCUUUUUUUUUUUUGUAGUCCUAAACAAUGUCAUAAGUAUUUUUGGUCUCUCUUUUCUGUGCUGCGAGUGGGCACACAUGGGUGUGUUUGAUUUCUAUGCCAAGCUAAGAAAGAAGGAAACAAUACUAUGAGUUUCAAGCUAUUCCGCAAAAAUGUAAAGUAUGGACGACUAAAGAUUGUGAAUGGAACUGAAAUUUGUUUCUGUUUAUGAGUAAUAAAGAGGAAAUUAUUCAUGCA